AUGGGCGAAGCCAAGUUGGCGCAAAAGAAGAAGAUUGAAGAAGCCAAGUUGGCAUCGAAGAUGAACAACGCGACUUUGGACGAAUACGUCAUCGGUAUCGAUUUAGGUACGACGUACUCGUGCGUUUCCGUGUGGAAGGAUGGCGAGGCGCACGUCUUGUCCAACGCCGAAGGCGACAGAACGACCGCGUCGUGGGUUUCCUUCACCGAAGCCGGCAGAGUUGUCGGUGAAUCCGCCAAAAGGCAAGCCGCGCAAAACCCGAAGAACACUUUGUUCAACAUCAAGAGAAUUAUCGGGAGACAGUUCUCGGAGAUUGGCGAGGAUAUUAAGCACAUGCCGUUUGAGAUCAAGGAAGGUCCGGGAGGUAAGCCGAUCAUCGUCGUCGAAGACCCGACCCAAAACAACGAAAAGAAGGAAUUUGCCCCGGAGCAAAUCUCCGCGAUGGUUUUGCAAAAGAUGAAAGCCACGGCCGAAGGCCAGUUGGGUUGCGUCAUCAACAAGGCGGUCAUCACCGUCCCGGCGUACUUUUCCGACGCGCAAAGAAGACAAACCAAGGACGCCGGCCAAAUCGCCGGCUUGGAAGUUUUGAGAAUCAUCAACGAGCCGACCGCGGCGGCGUUGGCGUACGGUUUGGAUAAGAGAGAAGGCGAUGAUGGUGAAAUCAUUAAAGAUCAAACUAUUUUGGUCUUUGAUUUGGGUGGUGGUACCUUUGACGUUUCCUUGUUGCACUUGCAAGACGGCGUCUUUGAAGUGUUGGCGACGGCUGGCGACACCCACUUGGGCGGCGAAGAUUUCGACGAAUCCUUGAUGACGCACGUCCAAAAGACGUACCCGAACGCGGACUCCAUCUUCAACGACGACAAGUCCAAACGCAAGUUGAGAACCGCGUGCGAAAAAGCCAAGAGAGAGUUGUCCAUCACGCAAUCCGCCAAGUUGGAAUGCUUCGUCGGCGAACACGAGGUGAACAUGACCAUCUCAAGAGACGAAUUCAACAAGGUGAACGAGGCGACUUUCCAAAGAUGCUUGGAAGCAGUCAAGAGAGUCUUGGCCGAUGCUGGCAGAGACAAAUCAUUGGUGAACGAAAUUGUUUUGGUUGGCGGUUCCACUCGCGUCCCGAGAGUCCAAGAGAUUUUGACGGAAUACUUCGACGGCAAGCCGUUGAACAAAUCCGUGCACCCGGACGAAGCCGUCGCGUACGGCGCCGCCGUGCAAGGUGCCAUCUUGGCCGGCGUCCGUGACAAGCAAACCUCCAAGGUUUUGUUGAUGGACGUUGUCCCGUUAUCUUUGGGCGUCGAGUGCGAAGGCAGACACUUUGCGAAAGUCGUCAACAGAAACACCUCCAUCCCGUGCAAAAAGAAGUCCGAGUUCACCACGGUGUACGACAACCAAACGGAAAUCGACGUCAGAAUCUUCGAGGGUGAGCGCAUGUCCACGGACGGCAACCACUUAUUGGGCGAGUUCCAAAUCACCGGCAUCGAAAAAGCCGAACAAGGCGUCCCCAAAAUCGACGUUACUUUCGAAGUCAACACCAACGGUUUGUUGACGGUAACCGCGAGAGAUCGCGUCACCGGCUCCGAAGCGAACGUGUCUUUGCAACACGACAGAGGACGUUUGACGCCGGAAGAAAUCGAAAGAAUGUGCGCCGAAGCCGAAGCUAUGAGAGAGGAGGACGAAAUGUUGCAAAAGCAACGCGAAAUCGACGGCUACAUGGAUUAA